GACGACUCUGCUCAGACAGACUUCCUCCUGGGCAACGGCGCCAAGAAAGUCGCGAGGUGCAGCAAGUGCACGCGGCCGCUAGACGAUGCCGCAGUGGAGGCGAAAGUGUUCGUCUGCUCACGCUGCGAGAAUCCAGGAGGUUCAGGUCGAUCCAUCUCCGCAGCCUCUGGGGGCUACGGAGACGCCGACGAGCGGUCAUGGCGACCUAGGGGCGAUUGGCAAAGUGACACAGGACGUGGUGGGUGGACUUCCAAAGGCGACAACAGGUGGAAAGAUGGCGGCUGGAGUGGCUGGAACGAUUCCAGAUGGGGCCAAGGGUGGAGCAAAAGCGGCUGGUAG